AUGUUCAACAACUUGUCCCUCGUUAGCCACAAGGAAAUGCAAGUGUGGGUGGAUUAUGAUGGAGAUACCACACGGAUCAAUGUGACCUUGGCUCCCCUCAAGGUAGCCAAACCAUUGAGGCCACUAGUCUCAACUACCUACAACCUCUCAACAGUGCUACAAGAUCAGUCCUAUGUCGGAUUCUCGGCUUCAACCGGUCCAAUCAACUCACUGUAUUGUGUGCUUGGCUGGAGCAUGGGCAUAAACCGUCCUGCCCCGGACAUUGACAUCACCAAACUGCCAAAGCUACCUCGAAUUGGCCCAAAACCUCAGUCCAAAGUUCUGAAGAUCGUCCUACCAAUAGCCACUACCACUUUCAUCUUUCUUGUAGGAACAACUAUAAUUCUAUUCGUGCGGAGGCGAAUGAGGUAUGCCGAGCUACACGAAGAUUGGGAGGAUGAGUAUGGGCCACACCGUUUCUCCUACAAGGAUUUAUUCCAUGCUACUCAAGGAUUUCAUGAUCAGAACCUACUUGGCCAUGGAGGAUUUUGGAAGGUGUAUAAAGGUGUUCUUCCGGUCUCUAAACUGGAGGUUGCGGUGAAGAGGGUGUCCCACGAGUCAAAGCAACGAAUUAAGGAGUUCAUCGCCGAGAUUGUUAGUAUCGGCCGUAUCCGCCACCGCAACAUCGUCCAGUUACUCGGUUAUUGUAGGAGAAAGGGUGAACUCCUAUUGGUCUAUGACUAUAUGUCAAAUGGCAGUCUUGACAAGUACUUGUAUCUCCAGGAAGAGGAGGAACAUAAACCAGUUCUAGAUUGGGCUCGGAGAUUUGAAAUCAUCAAAGGUGUUGCAUCUGACUUAUUUUACCUUCACGAGAGGUGGGAGAAAGUUGUCAUCCACCGAGAUAUCAAAGCAAGCAAUGUGCUUCUUGAUAGUGAAAUGAACGGACGCCUAGGUGAUUUUGGCCUCUAA